UCGAACGCUGUGGGAAUGGCGCGAUUCGCUCGGCGAGUAAUAAGGAACGAUAAACUUGAACUCUCGUUAGUUGCUGGCGAGAUUGUUUCGAGUGUAGACGUGUUUUUCGUUCCUACUGUUUCCACGUGUGCUGCUCCCAUCUUACCGGUAUUCACAGACGAAGAAAAUUCUGACGAAAUAAUGGCAACCCAGAAAGCGAGUGAAAGACAAGUCGAUGAGCAUGGUUUCCAAGUGCAACCUAAGGGCUUCGCAACCAAAGCGAUACACGUGGGACAAGAGGCGGAACAAUGGAACAGCAUGGCGGUCGUUCCACCCAUAAGUAUGAGCACAACAUUCAAACAAUCUGGCCCUGCUCAACACGCGGGAUUCGAAUAUGGUCGGAGUGGUAACCCAACACGGGCUGUGUUGGAAAAAUGUCUUGCCGCGUUGGACAAUGGCAAGUACGGACUGACGUUUUCUUCCGGAUUGGGAGUGACGACCUGUUUGAUCACGAUGCUGAAAUCUGGCGAUCACAUCGUGGCAGGAGAUGAUCUGUAUGGUGGCACUAACCGAUUGUUGAGAAAUGUGGCUCAGCGGAUGAAUAUAGCGAUCGAUUUCGUCGAUGCCACUGAUCUGACUAAAAUUGAGGCAGCGGUGAAACCAAACACCAGACUCUUCUGGAUUGAAACUCCUACGAAUCCCCUGCUCAAAGUUAUUGAUAUCGAAGCUGUGUGCAAAUUAGCACACAAAUUUCCUGAGGUUGUGGUCGUGGUGGAUAACACAUUCCUGUCUUCGUAUUUACAACGCCCGUUGGAUUUGGGAGCCGAUAUUGUGAUGUACUCUCUUACGAAGUAUAUGAAUGGACACUCGGACGUUAUUAUGGGUGCCGCUGUAAUGAAUGAUGAAUCCUUAUAUGAGAGGCUCAAAUUUCUUCAGAAUGCAACCGGAAUCGUGCCUUCGCCUUUCGAUUGCUACCUCGUAAACCGCAGUUUGAAGACACUCUCCCUCAGAAUGGAACGACACAGAACAAACUCGCUGGCUAUCGCACAAUUUCUCGAGAAACAUCCGAAAGUGGAACGUGUUCUACAUCCCGGUCUAACUUCCCAUCCGCAACACGAGCUGGCUAAAAGACAAACGUACGGCCACAGCGGUAUCAUGUCAUUUUAUAUCAAGGGAGCACUGAACGAAUCUACGCUGUUUCUGAAGUCUCUGGAGGUGUUCACAUUAGCGGAAAGUUUGGGUGGCUAUGAGAGUCUCGCUGAGCUUCCGUCAAUUAUGACACAUGCUUCAGUGCCAGCCGAACAACGGGCUGUAUUGGGAAUCACCGAUGGACUGAUCAGACUUUCCGUUGGAUUGGAAGACGUCGAAGAUUUGAUAGCGGAUCUUGAGCAGGCACUCGGGAAGAUUUAAAAGUUCAUGAAGUUCAUUGCUGGUAACCUUGAGUAUCCAAAUGGAAUCUUUAAUAAAUUAUUUUCAAUCAGAUUUGGUUACAAUCGA